AGUAUGGGAGCUAGGAUCCUGCUUCUCUGCUGUAUGGCCUCCUUGGCCUCAGCAGCCGUGAAACUCCAAGAGAUGUAUUCUUGGAACGUGUUGGACUGGAACUACCCUGACUCCACAUCGAAGCAGCAAGCCCUCGCUUCAGGUGCCUUAAGACCUGAGAACGCCCUUCCAGUAGGAGUGGAGAGAUGGAGAAAUAAACUCUUUGUGACUGUUCCUAGAUGGCGUCCCGGCAUACCAGCGACCCUAAACUACAUAUCGCUAGAUGCUCCCUACGACCCAUCCCCUAUGUUGACCCCCUACCCAGAUUGGAAAGGCAACGAGUUGGGGAACUGCGAGACUGGGCUCAACACGGUGUACAGAAUCAAGGCGGACAGCUGUAACAGAUUGUGGGUUUUGGACACUGGCACGUAUGGAUAUGAUCCCAAUGUCACCAACGUCUGCCCAUACACAUUGCACGUGUAUGACCUCAAUACCGACCAACGCAUCCGCAGAUACGUAUUCCGUCCAGAAGACAUAGUCUCCACCACCUUCAUCGCCAAUAUUGCCCUCGACAUGGGCAACAGUUGCGAAGACACCUUCGCAUACUUCUCCGACGAACUCGGAUACGGAUUGAUAGUCUAUUCCUGGGAACAAAAUAAAUCCUGGAGAUUCAGUCACAGCUAUUUCAUGCCUGAUCCUUUAGUCGGGGAUUUCAAUAUUGCAGGACUCAACUUCCAGUGGGGCGCUGAAGGAAUAUUUGGAAUAUCCACCUCGGCGAUUGGAGCCGAUGGAUACAGAACCCUUUAUUUCAGUCCUUUAUCAAGUCAUACCGAAUUCUCGGUGUCCACGAGAAUUUUGCGUGAUGAAACAAAAGUCAAAGGAUCAUAUAAAGAUUUCAAAGUAUUGGGACCGCGCGGUCAAGAUGCUCAUACUACUUCUAAAGUAGUAGAUGAAUCUGGAGUCCAACUUUUCAACCUGAUCGAUCAAAAUGCUAUCGGUUGCUGGAAUACUGCUCUUCCACACCGACCUCAGAAUGUGGCUGUAGCAGACAAGGAUGAUGUAGGAUUAGUUUUUCCCGCUGAUAUUAAAAUUGAUGAUGAAAAAAACGUUUGGGUGUUGUCAGAUCGCAUGCCAGUAUUUUUAGAAGCCGAAUUAGAUUACAGUGACAUUAAUUUCAGAAUUUUCACAGCCCCACUUCAGACUUUGAUAGAAGGCACUGUGUGUGAACCGCGUUUAAUUCCAUUUAAACCCGUGAAAUUCAGAGCACAAGAUGUAGCUUAUAAGACGGCUGUUGAUUUUCCCAUUAAAUCCCAAUUCAAUUAUGUACCUUCUACUAUUCCAUGGCCGUCAUCCACAGCGUCAUAUAAAGGCCAGCCCCCAAGUUACAUGGAAAUAGAUUAUCCCAAAAUUCCAGCCAUAACUUACAAUAUACAGCAAUUUGAUCGACAACGGUCCCUUAUUAAAAAGCCUUGGUAUAUGCCUCAUAACUAUGACGUUUAUGAACGAUCAUGAUUUAUCACCACUGUUAAAUUUUGACUUGUUAAUAAAAUAACACCUGAUGAUGCAUAUCAACAUAAUUUUAAACAUUCGAUUGUCUCACAGAAUAUUAAUAAUCUAACCCAACGGAAAGAAGAGAAGAUAUAACUACCCUUUCAUGUAAUAUUUGACAAAUCAUACCAGUGCCAGCUGCUUGUUAUAGUCCGAACAGGCUUUAUUACGUUUUUCUACUUACCUUACAAACCGAAAAUAAAUUUGACUAAAUGGAGUUACUUUAAGGCUGAUAAUGAUUUAAAUAAAUCUGUAUAUAUUUUUAACUACAAUGACUUUAUCAGUAGGUACGUUAAAAAUGUACACAUGAUUACAAAAAAAGGAAUGUUCAGACAAAGGUUAUUAUAUUUUCUAUAAUAACUUUUUGUAGCAAAAUAAUAUUCAAAU